AUGGUUCUAGAGAGGUGGACUGAACAUUUCGAAGGAGUGCUGAACGAGGGGGAAGAAGAACAACCAAGCCAGGUGUUUGAACCUCUUGUGAGAGAAGAGGGAGAAACUGCAGAACCCACCUUUGCUGAACUAGAGAAGGCAAUAACAAUCCUGAAAAAUAACAAAGCUCCUGGUGAGGAUGGCAUACUAAGUGAGAUGAUCAAGAAAGGAGGGGAUAGAUUGAAGAAAGAGAUCUUUGAGUUGAUUUUAAUGGUCUGGAGAGAGGAAAGAAUGCCAGAUGACUGGAGACAAGAUAAUCUGUCCAAUUUUAAAAAGGGAGAUAAAAUGAUUGUGAUAAUUAUCGAGGCAUUUCUCUGCUUAGCAUUGUAUACAAGUUGUUCACAAAUAUACUUCUGCAAAGGCUCAUCCCAUAUGCUGAGGCGAUAUUGGGCGAUUACCAGGGGGGUUUCAGGAAAGGCAGAAGCACAGUUGACCAGAUUUUUACAUUGA